UACACUUCCUAAAUAAAAAACAACAGCUCACAGUACUGUAGCAGAUGCUUUCUAUUCUAUGUUAAUCCUGAUCAUUCUUUCGCUUAAUCUUUUUUUUCUUGCAGAAAAUGAAGAUUCCUUCGUAUUUCAACGCAGCGAAAAAGGUUAAAUCAAGCUGGAAGUGGAGAUGGAAGAUGCUCUUAUGUUAACAGAAUAACAUCUGCACUUGUUUUUAUUAGUUAGCUUCCCACACUAGUUCCUAAUGCUCUUAAACCUCCAUAAGAAAAACAAAUCAAAUUCCUUAAAAUUCGCAAAACUCAACUGGAGACGUUCUUUUCCAGAUUACAACAUUCUUGCAGAGAUAAUAAUAAUUCAUUGUUGACAUAUAAAUCUGGGCGUUUCUUGUUGGCCAAGGUACAGAAGCUGCGAGACACGUGAAGGAUACUUCAGCUUCUAUAUUCCAAUAAGUCAAGUUCUAUUUGCUUGCUAAUCUACAAGAACAUUCAUAAAAGAGUGUUCUUUUGGCAGCAAGAACUGUUUCCAAGAUAAAUAAAAAGUACUGUCAAUUUGUCACUAAUGAAUCCUCUAGAUGCUAAGGAGGACUUCAAGCUGAAGGACACAAAGCCUCAGCUUGGAGAACGGUGGCCACAUGGUGGCGCACGUGGAGGAGGCGGAUGGAUUAGCAGUGACAGAGCUACGAGCACCUAUGAUCUUGUUGAGCAGAUGUUUUAUCUGUAUGUUCGAGUUGUCAAGGCCAAAGAUCUUCCUACAAAUCCUGUAACUGGAAAUAUUGACCCGUAUAUUGAAGUGAAGCUUGGAAACUACAGAGGAAAAACAAAGCAUUUUGAGAAGAAAACUAACCCAGAGUGGAAUCAGGUCUUUGCAUUCUCCAAGGACAAGAUUCAGUCUUCGGUUGUCGAAGUGUUCAUUAGAGACCGUGAGAUGGUUGGACGAGACGAUUAUAUAGGGAAGGUAGUUUUCGACAUGCAUGAAGUGCCUACAAGGGUUCCACCGGACAGCCCUUUGGCACCUCAGUGGUAUAGAUUAGAGGACAGGCACAGGGAUAGCAAAGUGAAAGGAGAGGUAAUGCUUGCAGUUUGGAUGGGAACUCAAGCUGAUGAAGCCUUUCCUGAAGCUUGGCAUUCAGACGCCGCAACAGUACAAGGAGAAGGUGUUUACAAUGUUCGAUCCAAAGUUUAUGUAUCACCAAAACUUUGGUAUCUCAGAGUUAACGUGAUUGAAGCUCAAGAUGUCGAGCCCCUCGACAAAAGCCAAUCACCACAGGUUUUUGUAAAGGCUCAAGUUGGAAACCAGAUACUCAAAACAAAGCUAUGCCCGAUUCGCACGAUCAAUCCUACAUGGAAUGAAGAUUUAAUCUUUGUAGCAGCCGAGCCUUUUGAGGAACAGUUGGUGCUUACUGUAGAAAGUAAGGCAACCCCGGCAAAAGAUGAAGUAACCGGUAGGUUAAUUCUGCCCCUUCACAUUUUCGAGAGACGAUUGGAUCACCGGCCUGUUCACUCUAAAUGGUUUAACCUCGAAAGAUUUGGGUUCGGUGUUCUGGAAGGAGACAAGAGACAUGAGCUUAAGUUUUCAAGCAGAGUUCAUCUAAGAGUUUGUCUUGAGGGUGCUUAUCAUGUACUAGAUGAAUCAACAAUGUACAUAAGCGACCAGCGACCAACAGCUAGGCAGCUAUGGAAGAAUCCUAUUGGCAUCCUUGAAGUGGGCAUCCUAAGUGCACAAGGGCUUCUUCCAAUGAAGCCAAAAGAAGGAGGAGGAACCACUGAUGCUUAUUGUGUAGCCAAGUAUGGAUUAAAGUGGGUUCGAACCAGAACAAUCCUAGAAAACUUUAAUCCAAAGUGGAACGAGCAAUACACAUGGGAGGUCUAUGAUCCUUGCACAGUGAUCACACUAGGAGUUUUUGACAAUUGCCAUUUAGGUCCUGGUGGUGGAGCAAAGGGUGACUCGAGAAUUGGAAAGGUAAGAAUUCGGCUAUCCACCCUAGAAACAGAUCGAAUAUACACGCAUUCUUACCCGCUUCUUGUUCUGCAACCAUCUGGACUGAAAAAGAUGGGAGAACUCCAACUAGCGGUUCGGUUCACCUGUCUAUCACUGGCAAAUAUGAUUUACCUAUAUGGGCAUCCAUUACUGCCAAAAAUGCAUUAUUUGCAUCCCUUCACUGUAAAUCAGUUAGACAGUUUGCGAUACCAGGCCAUGAAUAUUGUAGCUGUAAGGCUCGGGCGAGCUGAGCCUCCGCUAAGGAAAGAAGUUGUGGAGUACAUGCUGGAUGUGGAUUCCCACAUGUGGAGCAUGAGAAGAAGCAAAGCUAACUUCUUUCGGAUUGUGUCGCUGUUUUCUGGUGUAAUUUCAAUGAGCAAGUGGCUUGGUGAAGUAUGCACAUGGAAGAACCCGGUCACUACUACCCUAGUACAUGUUCUAUUUUUCAUAUUGAUCUGCUACCCGGAACUGAUUCUGCCAACUAUGUUCCUAUACAUGUUCUUGAUUGGAAUAUGGAAUUACCGGUUUCGACAAAGGCAUCCUCCUCACAUGGACACCAAACUAUCAUGUGCAGAAGUAGUACAUCCAGAUGAACUCGAUGAGGAGUUUGACACUUUUCCUACAUCAAAGAUGCAAGACGUAGCACGAAUGAGGUACGACAGGCUUCGAAGUGUUGCUGGGAGAAUUCAAACAGUAGUUGGAGAUAUGGCAACACAAGGGGAGAGAUUUCAGGCUCUGCUCAGUUGGAGAGACCCAAGAGCAACUAGUCUCUAUGUUUUUUUCUGCUUUAUUGCAGCUUUGGUGCUAUACAUAACACCUUUCAAGAUAAUUGCGCUGAUCGCAGGCUUAGUUUGGCUGAGGCAUCCUAGAUUUCGAAGCAAGAUGCCAUCAGUUCCCAGCAAUUUCUUCCGAAGAUUGCCAUCUCGAGCUGAUAGCAUGCUUUGAAAAGGAGAAACAUGAUGUGUUUUCUUCUAUAUUAUUAAUUUGUUUUGAACUUGUAUAAUGUUUCUGUAAUCUGUUUCAUUAAAUCACUAGUUAUUAAUCUGUUUUUUGACUAAAAUUGUGUGUGCUAAUGCAAUAAAGUAGCUAAGCUAUGAUGGCCUUUUGUUCUA